CACACAACGACCAACGACGGCGAUAUAUGUCUGUUAUUAUGAGUAUUGACUAUUGAGUGAUGGCUGAGGAUUGACGAAUUGAGCCGGACUACCUAAGUCUAGUCGACAGUUAUACACAUGCGUCUUGCAUAAUACUGUGUUACGACGAGUUUUUGAUAUUUUAUUAAUUUAUUAUCUCGAGGAUAUUGUUUGCAUUCGAAACGAUCGGGUUGUUAGAUUUUGUGCGAAUUUGUUUCUCCGUUGAGGUAAUGUCAUCGUUAAAUUGUAUCCUUUUCGAAUCGUCCAUCGGCUGUUAGCUGAUAUACCAAUCUACUUCCACUGCGUCUACGAGUCGUCUCCUUCAAGAUGAGCAAACCAGAUUUGAAAUUCGAACUGCACAAAAAAUAUUUCCAUCGCUCGUUGGACUUGUUGCCCGGCGAGAGUGCAGUGUUUGAUUAUUCGCGGCUCACCAUUCUGUAUUUCGCGCUCAUUGGUUUGGAUAUAUUGGACGGCUUAGAUUCGCUCUCCGACGACCGCAAGAAAGACAUCGUCGAGUGGGUGUACAGGUUGCAGUUGGUACCCAACGAAAAUUGUUCUGUGCACAAAUGUGGUUUCAUGGGUUCCACCACCAUCAUUCAUUUGAAGAAUCAUCCAGGUUCAGAAAAGUAUUGUGAAAGUAAUGUUGCUAUGACAUAUAUGGCAUUGUGUAUUCUGAUUACAAUGGGUGACAAUCUGAGUCGUGUUAAUAAGUCGGCUGUACUUCAAGGUGUAGCAUCUCUGCAAAAACCCGAUGGCAGUUUCAAAAGCAACUACGAAUAUGGUGAGAGUGACUUGAGAUUUGUGUACUGUUCACUUGCAAUAUGCAACAUAUUGAAUGAUUCUUCAGGUAUUAAUGUAAACAAUGCCAUUAAAUUUAUUUCAAAAUGUCUGAACUACGAUGGAGCAUUUGGACAAAACCCAGGAACUGAAUCGCACGGUGGUUCUACUUAUUGUGCAGUUGCAUCGUUAUCUCUGUUAAAUAAAUUAAAUAUUGUUUUAGAUGAUAAUAAAUCAAGAAUAUUAGAGCGCUGGGCAGUAAAUCGACAAACCAAAGGUGGUUUUCAAGGAAGACCUAAUAAAGAAGCGGACACCUGUUAUUCCUUCUGGUUGGGUGCUACACUCAGUAUUAUAGGAUCAUUAAAUAGAAUAAAUCCAGAGAGAAAUAGGGCUUUUGUUCUACUUAAUGCCAACUUGAUAACUGGUGGAUUUAGUAAAAACAUGGAGUCUAUACCAGAUCCAAUGCAUACCUGCUUAAGUUUGUGCGGAUUAAGUUUGAUUGGUGAAGAAAACCUAAACCCUAUUAAUCCUGCAUUAAAUAUUACCGUGAGGGCAACAAAUUAUUUAAAGCAAAUUCAAAGAGAUUGUAUUUCACCGAACAAAGAUAUAUUAAAUUCAGAUAAUGAUAAUUAAAUUAUCUAUCUAUAUUAAAUGUUAAUUUUUAAGAUAAAAUAAAAUAAGCGAUUAGUCAACUUAAACUAUGACUGAUUUAUACUUUUUUUUUACAACUAUGACAAUUAAAAAUAUAUCAAAUAAAUAUGUCUCCUAUAUUAUUGUUAAUAUUAACAAAUUGAACAUUAUUUUCUAUUGAACUUUUCAGAUUUAACCAAGUACCAGCGA